AAAUGCCCUUGCUUUACCCUUAUAAAUAGGACAGCAUUUUGCAUCAGAGUUCCUCACGAGCCUAGCUCUUAAUCCUUUGGCAAUUAAUUCUACUGAGUUCAGUUACAACUUCAAUGGAGUUGCAUCACCAUUACUUCUUCAUACUUCUUUCUCUUGCUUUUAUAGCAAGUCAUGCAGCUAAUUUAUCUCCUGAGGUGUAUUGGAAAGUCAAGCUACCCAACACUCCUAUGCCCAGACCCAUUAAGGAUGCUCUACACUAUUCUGCACUCACCGAGGGCGAUGUUCCAAAAUUACGCCAACCAUAUGGAGUGGGUUCAUCAAGCAGCCACAGAGGCGAUGUGGGAGUGGGUUCGUGGUAUAAUAGUGCUACAAAGAAAGAUGUUAAUGAAAACCUCCCAGUCACCCCUUACUUUUUUGAAACAGAUUUACAUCAAGGGAAAAAGAUGAAUCUUCCAUCUCUCAAAAAUUAUAAUCCAGCUCCCAUUUUGCCUCGCAAAGUUGCAGAUUCCAUCCCCUUCUCAUCAGACAAAAUUGAAGAAAUUCUAAAUCACUUUUCCAUUGAUAAGGACUCAGAGGGGGCUAAACUGAUCAAGAAAACUCUCAAAAUGUGUGAGGAGCCUGCGGGUAACGGAGAGGUGAAAUAUUGUGCCACUUCUUUGGAAUCAAUGGUUGAUUUCGCCUCAUCUUACUUGGGAACAAACAAUAUUGUAGCAAUUUCCACUGUAGUAGAGAAUGAAACUCCAGAGGUGCAAGCAUAUACCAUCGAAGAAGUGAAGGAGAAAGCAAAUGGCAAAGGUGUGAUAUGCCACAAAGUGGCUUACCCGUAUGCGAUACAUUAUUGCCACAGUGUAGGAAGCACAAGGACCUUUAUGGUCUCAAUGGUGGGUUCUGAUGGAACAAAAGUUAAUGCAGUAUCAGAGUGUCAUGAGGAUACUGCACCCAUGAACCCUAAGGCAUUGCCUUUUCAAUUGCUCAACGUUAAGCCAGGAGAUAAACCUAUUUGCCAUUUCAUAUUGGAUGAUCAGAUUGCCUUAGUUCCUUCUCAAGACGCAACUCAAGUGGCUGAAAACUAAUAUGGAGAAAGUUCAGUCAUCUUAUGUAAUACUUAUAUAGUUGCAGCGCUUUGCAUAAUAAUAAAUGCCGUGAUGCAAGUACUGUUUAACUUUGUUAAUCACGGUUAAUCAAGUAUGAUGUAUGUAUGUGUUAAUGGAAGUAAUUGGUAUUUUAGUAUAUGUUAAUGUGUGUGUUAAUGGAAAUUACCGGGUUUUUGAAAAA